AUGGUGUCCCACCGCAACCAAACACAGUUUGAGCGCGCGCGAUGGCGCAAAGCAUUACUGUUCCCGCCGUGGAUUCUCCAGAUAGCCAUGCUACUGAGUCUCAUGGGCAUCUUCUCGUACCGCCUCGCCGAGACGGUCGAGAACUAUGAGGAGAACAACAAGAAUGGCAAAAUGCCCGUGGUCGAGCUUGUGUGGGAAUGUACAAACGUCGGCCUGUCUCUCGUCUCUCUGCUCCUCACCAUCCUGGAGGUAUCCAGGAUCUUUUCCGAAAAUCUCACGCCGUUCUUCCUGCUCGCCUCUCACAUUGUCAAGUUGACCUGUGCGUUUGCCAUUCUCGGCCUCGACAUUGUCGUGUACACCCAGCGAACGGAAGGAGAGUGGUCAAUCAUCGGCCUCGCCAUUGACGUAGGCUUGCUCUUGUCGCUGUUCAUUCUCGGCCCCUACGCGAUUCUUAAGUUCCACCGCAUGCGUGACGACGAUGACAUGCCCUAUUCUGCCAACGUCAAGCCGUUCGGAUUCAACAGCGAAUACACGGAGAUUGAGACUGGGACUGUCUCUGGCGGUGACCCCUUUCUGCGUGCGAAUCCGUACAACGACGUGACGACAGAGUAUUUGUCGCGGGGCAGCAUCGGCGGCGUAACAGGCCGCGACCGGUCGGUGUCAGCAACGUCGACACUGCCCGGCGAUGGCGGACGACGGGGCAGCUACAACCACGAGCGGGACACGCAGUUCGACGUGUACCGAUCGCGGGCACCAAUGACACUCAGCCACGAGGACGUGAGCCAUGCCAUCAGCACAGAGCUGUGGGGCAACGCCGGCGGGCUUACUGCUAUCGACCGGUCCGGCAGCAUGGUUGGCUCGGGUAUGGUGGCCAGCCGGCCGGUGCAGCCGCGAGUGGACGCUACGAACCGCGCGGCGAGCUGGACUGUCGAGACAGGGCGUGCGAGCGCCCCCGAUAGUUUGUCUGUGCCGACGAUACACGAAGAGCACGUCCCGGACGAGGAGGAAGAGCCGACCGCCAGGGCGGCCGGACAUGUCCACCCUCUGGCACCUGGCCGGGCCGAGAAACAGGCUCUGCUGCCAGGACACAGCCGCGAUGGUAGCCAUGAUGACGAUGACGACGACAACCGGAGGGCCUUCCGGCGGAUUCCAGGGACCGAAUCAGAGAACAGCCUUUACGGAGCAAGGCCGUGA